GGGCUAAUUCUCAGCACAAUGACGUAGGUGUUUGCCUUAAGAUGAGACAGCAGGGCGAAACUUGGUUGACGUAGCCCAGCAACAUCGUAUCAAAGUUGAUUAGCUGUAAUUUUGGCGAAUUCGGGACCUGUUUUUCUUAACGAUUACUUUAUCUACAACCGUCGACAGCAGGAAAUAUCUUGUAUAUUUUUUAUUUUUGGAUUCAACGCAUGAAGCGCGCGUAGUAAUGAAGCGCUCGUGAUCAACUGAUGCGUCUCAUAAACAAAGUUUCUUUGACGUCGUAGUAAAUAUAACAGCACCUUGUGGUUCUCCAGAAGAGCAUAACGUCUUUAUCUGAAAACACGGACUUGUUAAUAAGCCGGUAAGAAGAUUAAAGCCAUGACGGGUAGAGAGGACGAGUAUGACUAUCUCUUUAAAGUGGUUCUGAUCGGCGACUCGGGUGUGGGCAAGAGUAACCUGCUCUCUCGCUUCACCCGCAAUGAGUUCAACCUGGAGAGCAAGAGCACCAUUGGGGUGGAGUUUGCUACACGCAGUAUCCAUGUGGAGGGCAAGACCGUCAAGGCCCAGAUCUGGGAUACGGCUGGACAGGAGAGAUACAGGGCCAUCACAUCAGCGUAUUACAGAGGUGCUGUUGGAGCCCUGCUGGUGUAUGACAUUGCCAAGCAUCUGACCUAUGAGAACGCCGAGCGCUGGCUGAAAGAGCUGCAGGAUCAUGCUGAUAGCAAUAUUGUCAUCAUGUUAGUAGGGAACAAAAGUGACCUGCGCCAUCUGAGGGCCGUUCCUAUGGAUGAAGCCAAAGCAUUUGCAGAGAAGCAUGGACUUUCUUUCCUGGAGACCUCAGCGCUGGACUCUUCUAAUGUCGAACUUGCCUUUCAGACCAUUCUUACAGAAAUCUACCGUAUCGUGUCCCAGAGGCAGAUGUCAGGGCGUGGUGAUGACGGCUUCUCCCCCAGCUCAAAAGUGGUUCCCAUUACCGUGCAGCCCACACAGAAUUCGGGCAAGCAGGGCGCCUGCUGUCAGAAUAACUGAGCUGCCGCAGCGCCACCAUGGGAUCCGGGGAAAAUCGGCAACUUUGUUGGGCUGGGCUGCAAGGUUGACCAUGACCGUUUUAUUCCCUGAGUGUGAUGUACUUAACAUAUGUAACGGACUUGCUUAGUUAUGCCCAGAAUAAGUGAGUAAUAAUCUUCAAAAUUGGAGAACAAGAGAUGUUGAAAUUAAAUGGAUCAAGAAUUU